AUGACUACUGAUAUGGAACCGAAGGUGCACCCCUUCUUCGAGACCAAUACUUGUUCUUGGCAGUAUGUGGUAGCCUGUCCUGAAAGGAAGGAAGCCGCCAUCAUCGACCCGGUGCUGAAUUAUGAUCCCGCGAACUUCGUCAUCGCCACCGAAUCAGCAGAUGAACUUAUGGAAUGUGCUCUCAAGAAUGGAUAUGCAGUCACUAUAUUUCUAGAGACACAUACCCACGGAGAUCACCUCUCAGCCGCCUACUACAUCCAACAAACUCUCUGGUCCCGCGGGCAACCCAACGCACCGAUCUGUAUCAGCGAGAAUGUCAAGAUCGUCCAAAGCCACUUCGCACAGAAAUACCAGAUCCCAAGACAGGAAAUUGACAUCGCCUUCGACCACCUCUUCCAGCCCGACGAAGUAUUCAACAUUGGCGAUGUGACUGGUAUCACCCUCCACCUCCCAGGACAUACACCGGACCACGGAGGUUACAAAAUAGGGAGCAAUAUCUUCACGGGAGACAGCAUGUUCAAUCCAGAUGUUGGCAGUGGCCGAUGUGACUUCCCAGGUGGCGAUGCUGGGGAACUCUUCCGCUCCAUGAAACGUCUCCUUUCUUUCCCACCAGAAACGAGAUUAUACACGGGCCAUGAUUAUCCUCCCUCCAAUGAGCACACAGAACGGGACCCACUACCGUAUGUUACGGUCGAGGAACAAGAGAAGAAAAACAUGCACAUAAAAAAUGGCUCGUCAGAGGACGAUUUUGUGAAGUGGAGGUCUCAGCGAGACAAGGAGAUGCCUGAGCCUAGGCUUAUACACCAGGCUAUGCAGGUCAACGUGCGUGGAGGUAGAAUGCCAAGCAAGUCGCAUGGUGGAAAGGCAUAUCUGCUAUAUCUGAUCGAUGUCCCGAAGGUUGUGGUAACCGGAACGCGAAAAUAG